CUCGCCGUUUCCGGCCCCGAGUUCCUUAGUAACAAUGGAGCAUAAAAUGGCCGCUUGAGGGAGAGAAGCGGAGCCAGGAAGGGACGCAGGCGCCGCCGAACCAGCCAGGCCGAGGAGACGCGUCGGCGGGCGGAAGAAACGGGAGACGGGACGGAACGACGCCGCGGCCUCUGGGGCGAAAUAUUUUCUACUUUUAUCAACAUGGAAAGCUCAGAGGCUAAUAAUAAAGGAAAUAUCAAUCAGUCGGAAGCUCAGCGCCGGAGUCAGCUGGACCGGUUGGACCGAGAAGAAGCUUUCUAUCACUUUGUAAAUAAUCUGAGUGAAGAAGACUACAGGCUGAUGAGAGAUAACAACUUACUAGGCACACCUGGUGAAAUUACGGAAGAAGAGCUGCUAAGAAGGCUGCAGCAAAUUAAGGAAGGCCCACCCCAGCAGCCCACUGAAGACAGCAGAGGUGGCGAAUCCGCAGAAGAUGUAUCUAAUGGUGAUUCCAUAAUAGAUUGGCUUAAUUCAGUUCGGCAGACUGGAAAUACGACACGGAGUGGGCAGAGAGGCAACCAGUCAUGGAGAGCAGUAAGCCGGACUAAUCCAAACAGCGGGGAUUUCAGAUUUAGUUUGGAGAUAAACGUCAACCGCAAUAACGGGAACCCAAGUACAGAAACGGAGGGCGAGCCACCCGUAGAAACCCCCACCGGAGAGGAUCUAGAAAACAGCCAAAGUGACACUGAGACCUCGAGGUCUGCCUCCCCCCCGGCUCUAAGGCCGAGCUCCUCCCCUCCCGUGGCCAGGCCGCCUGACUCGGAAAUGAGUUAUCCUGAAGAGCUGAUUGAAGACGUCUCUCUCCAGAGAGGCCAGAGAAGGUCAAGAAGCAGAAGCCCCGAACAACGGAGGACACGGGCAAGGACUGACAGAAGUAGAUCCCCUCUUAAUCCAGUGAGUGAAUCUCCGCGCAGGAUACAUCACAAUACAUCCUCUCAAACCCCUGAUCUCCCCUCGGUCGGCGAAGCAGAAGGAAGUUCUAGAACAAGGCAGCACAUGGUCAUACGUCAACAUGCAGCAAAUCCCGAGGCACCCAGUGAAAACACGGUUCUCUUUUCGACCUCUGAAGCCAGGCCCGUCCCCCAGGCGGCGAGCUCUUCGGAAACGAGCGGCAGCGCGGACCCCCCAGCCCCUGGACAGAGACCUCCGACCAUCGUCCUCGACUUGCAAGUGAGGCGGGUUCGUCCAGGAGAAUACAGGCAGAGAGAUAGCAUAGCCAACCGAACGCGAUCAAGGUCCCAGACUCCGAACAAUACAGUCACGUACGAAAGCGAGCGAGGGGGGUUUAGACGUACCUUUUCACGCUCGGAAAGGGCGGGCGUGCGAACUUAUGUCAGCACCAUUAGGAUCCCUAUUCGCAGAAUCCUGAACACGGGCCUGAGCGAGACCACCUCGGUUGCCAUUCAAACCAUGUUAAGACAAAUCAUGACCGGUUUUGGUGAGCUCAGUUACUUCAUGUACAGCGACAGUGACACUGAUCCCGGGGUCUCCGCACCAGCCCCAAAUGUAGAAGUGGCCGAGCCCCAGGCUGGAGGGGGCGGCGGGAACAGCCAUUUGAGCCCCGAAGGUCCUGAGGCUGGGUCAGCAGAGGCCUACGAAGGCAGCCCUGAAGGGGGCCCCACGCCUGGCCCGAGACGGGAAGGGCGGAACGCGAGGGGGUCCGUUACUUUUGAAGAAAGCGGCUCCUUGCCAUUCCUUAGCUUGGCCCAGUUCUUCCUGCUCAAUGAAGAAGACGACGACCAGCCCAGAGGACUCACCAAAGAACAAAUUGACAACCUCGCCAUGAGGAAUUUUGGCGAGAGCGAUGCUCUGAAAACCUGUAGCGUUUGUAUCACCGAAUACACCGAAGGGAAUAAGCUUCGAAAACUCCCCUGCUCCCACGAGUAUCAUGUGCACUGCAUAGAUCGCUGGCUAUCCGAGAAUUCCACUUGCCCAAUUUGCCGCCGAGCCGUCCUCGCUUCGGCUAACCGGGAGAGCGUGGUCUAAGCCACCAUGGUAUCCUUUCAGCUUAUUACACGGUGAGGGAGCAACGGGCAAGACGCUGCUUGCAACAGCCACUUUUUGUGUGGUGGUUAUAAAUACAAAACAAAGAAUAGUGUGAUUUCCUCUUAUGAAAUGGAAUUUCUUUUUUAUUUUAAAGCAAAAAAAAAAAAAAACCUUCUCAAUUAGGGUUCCUAAAAUAAGACCAGGUUUGUGUUGUCAAUUAAAAAAAGGAAAGAGAAAAGUCUGUAUUUGCCCAAAGACACUUGGCUGUUGUAUAGUUUCAGUUUCUCAACACAAAUCAAGUUGUCAAUCCCUCCUGAGCCUACUGUGUGUUGAAUGCUGGAGGCCUCGACUAACAGGAGUUAUUUAGCUGUAUACAGCCUGUGCUUCACUGUGGAUUAAAGCAAAACCAACUCCGCUCCCCUGGCAGAACAGUGAAAUUAAUCUCCCAUGUCUGAUUUUAGCUCCUUUCUUGUAUAGGGUAUAUUGAAUAUGGUAAUGUAAAUAACACUAACCUCAGCCCCUCUCCCAUUGUACAGCUGUCUUAAGCCCAACACUAUGGCACGCCAUAGAAUGACCUGAUAGUUUAACUGGGAUAUUUAUCUUGCUGUGGAAAUAUCUUAAUUAAUUGCUUAUGCUUGUUUAAAUAAACACUUUUGUUUUAAAAACAGUAGAGCUUUUUGUACAGGUCAGUGACUUUUCCACUGCGCUUUUGUGCAAACAUUUUCAGAAUUUAACCCUCCCCUGUGUUUAGCCACAAGAGCACACGGUGUGGUUGCCCACUCUGGGCAAGCCUCAUGGCAAAGAGCCCAGCUUUCAUCCGUAUUUAUUAUUUUAUAAAUAAAUAAAUAAACAUUGGGAAUUAAGGUAACUUGAGCCGAGCAAGGCCUCUGAGGCCUAAGAUGCCUGCAUAGUUGGAUGCAAAGCGCUUUUUGGAAAGAUUAAAGAUGGCACAUUUGCUGCUGCAACAGCGGCUUGGCUCACCUGAGCUUUCCCAGUACAAAUUUUCACGAUGAACACUUUAUGUAUAAAGUCAGGUUGUACGAUAGGUUGCAUUUGCACAACACACUCGAGCAAAAUGUGAUUGCUAGCUGUGCAAAUCCACGUCGGUGUGGUUAGCUAAUGACUCCGUACAUUGUUAAACAAUGUAAUUGGAUUGAGUGGGAUAACCAUGGUUCAGUUGGCCAGUGCAAGUUGCUGGGCCUUCUUUGAUCCCAGCUUUGCAAAGGUAGCUGGUUGUGUUGUUUUGGCAUUGUGAAAUCUGCUUAUUCUCCAUCUUGCUCUUAACGCAGACGUUUUCUUUGUGCACCAUAUUUCUAACCACUGUGCAUCAGGCAUUUGUGGCUUUCAGCAAAACUUCUUUCUAGUGACUUGUAUACUUUUAAUUGGGAUGUUUUAAAAGUUGUAUCUCUGAAAGUUUAAUUCCUUGCUUGGAGGUGGAAGAGAAGCUCUUUGGAUAAAACCUAUUGGGAUUUUUUUCCCUCUCAAGCAAGUGUUUUAUCAAAUUAAAUCUUACGAAUACAUCAAUUAGUCUUAAGGCAACUGCUUGGAAACACAUCAGAUUGUUUCUUCUAUGCUGUAUAUAUCCUAGGAAUAAUUUUUAUUGAGUAAAUAAAUUGUGCUUUUGCUUAGAUUUUGCUACCGUUUUUAUCUUCCGUUAUGAUAUGCAAAGAAAUGAUUUUUCAUUGGAUAUUAAAAAAAAAUACACAAAGCACUUUUCUGCUGUGCCUAGUUAAAAAUUGCAGCACGUUUGCUCCCUCCCUUACUGCCUCAAAAAAUUGGAUUGUAAUUAACAUCAGUGUUUUUGCUUCUCAAAUGAAUAUUCUUACAAAUGAAUAUUCUUUAAGUAUUAUUUUUUUUAAUUAAACAUGCAGUUAUAAAUAAUUGCAAACCUAUUGGGACAUUUUAGUUUUAAACUUUGACAGCAAUAACUGGAAGUAAAUCUGUAGGACAUUCAGAAAUGUGAUCGAUUUGUUUCAAAACUUGCAUUGAACAUGGGAUCUCUGCUGUUGCUUUAGUUACAUCCUAACUGGAUCCUUAAAGAUUCAGUGACACCCAUGGAUUGGUUACCUUUUUUUCUUGGCCUAAAGACGAGCCCCCCCUGUAGGACCCAGUUUUUGUUCCUCGUUUGCAAAAAUCACCUCAGAUUAUUAUCUGGUUGUCUAUGCAGAAAAAGCUAACAGCUUUCCAUAGUUUUGAUUUCUUGUUCUUUCUGCCUCCAUUUUAAUAAAGUAAGCAUGGAAGCUUAGGCUGGUUUUAGUAACGCAAUAAAAGAGAAUAUCGGUA